UAGCGGGGAAGCUAAUGUAUAUGUGGUCACUUCCGCCGAUGUAAACAUAUGAUCGCCUUGCUGUUUCGAGCCCACAUUGUUAUCUGGUGGGGUUUUAAUGGCAUAAAUAACAAUGGCAUCUUUGCAGGAUACACAUCUUUAGCAAACAGGAGCAAUGUGGCUUCACAGCAUAGCAAAGAAACAAUCCCACCGUGUUUGUAUGAGGCUGCUCUUCUCGGACUGCUAGCUGCUUCCUUCCAGCUGAAAGCCCAAAUCGGGAUCGUUUAGGCUAAAAGAAGGAUGGCCACUCAUAAUAUCUAACCAGGACGACCUAGAAGAAGAAGUGGAGGAAAAUGGAGAAACCCAGUAGUGAUGUCGCACCGUCGCCGCAAGACGGGGACGCCAGGCGGCAGCGGAAGAGGGCGGACAUCGCGCAGGCCCUGGCCGUCAGUCCCGCGGACGUCGCCGCGCUGCGGAGGAUGGCGAUCAGCGAGGGAGGGCUGCUGAGCGACGAGAUCCGCGGACAGGUCUGGCCCUGGCUGCUCAACGUGCCCCCGACGCUGCUGGAGCAGCAGCCAGAAACGGUAGAGCGGGAAAACAAUAAGGACUAUAACCAGGUCCUGCUGGAUGUCCAGCGCUCACUGAGAAGGUUUCCACCGGGUAUGCCAGAUGAGCAGAGAGAGGGUCUCCAGGAAGAGCUAAUUGACAUCAUCCUCAGAGUUUUGAAACGUAACCCCCAAUUACACUACUACCAAGGAUACCAUGAUAUUGUUGUCACCUUCCUACUGGUGCUGGGAGAGCGCCUGGCAACUGGUCUGGUUGAGAAGCUCUCCACGCAUCAUCUCAGAGACUUUAUGGAUCCUACAAUGGACAACACCAAACACAUUCUUAAUUAUCUCAUGCCCAUCAUUGAAAGGGUCAACCCUGAGGUGCACGACUUCAUGCAGCAGGCUGAGGUAGGGACAGUUUUUGCUCUCAGCUGGCUGAUCACCUGGUUUGGCCACGUCUUGUCAGAUUUUCGCCACGUCGUACGGUUGUAUGACUUCUUCCUGGCCUGCCAUCCUUUGAUGCCCAUCUACUUUGCUGCUGUGUUUGUGUGCCUGUUUCAGAUUGUGCUGUACAGAGAGGAGGAAGUGUUGGAGUGUGAAUGUGAUAUGGCCAUGGUUCAUCACCUGCUGUCCCAGAUUCCCCAGGAUCUGCCGUAUGAGACGCUCAUCAGCCGGGCAGGAGAUCUCUUUGUCCAGUUCCCGCCCUCUGAACUGGCAAGGGAAGCUGCCGUGCACGAAAGCAUGGCAUCCUCUACCUUUAAGGACUUUGAACUUGCAUCUACGCAGCAACGGCCGGACUCGGUUCUUCGCCGCAGACGCAGGCAAAGACAGAGCGCGCUAGGAAACUCCACAGAUAACGCAGUAGUGGCAGUGGCCCAGCCUUCGACGGCGCGGCGGUUUGUCCGGCUGGCCGUCAUGGGCCUGACGGUGGCUCUGGGGGCGGCGGCUCUGGCCGUCGUCAACACCGCCCUGGAGUGGGCCCCCAAGCUGGACUUAUUUCCUUGAACUACCUUUUACCUCAACGCUGCAACUGGUUUAGACUGCAUCAAACUGGCGCCUCUGUUUCACAGAGCCAUUUAAUGACUUAAUCCAUAAGUUGUCGAGUCUCUAACACUGUCUGAACACAAAGCCCAACGUGUUCCCUGUCCUCUGAUGUUAUGGAGGAAUGCGUGGAAACAUCCUGCUCUUCGCAGAGCUCAUGAGUGGAUCGGUGUCCCGAGGGUCGGUGCUCUGGAAUGAAGAAUCCUUGUUAUGAUGAAGAGGCUGUGGUAGCUGGUGUCAUCAUUAGAGUUUAUUUAUAUUUCAUAUUACAAUAUCUGAUGGUGUUAGGCUUAAAAAAAUUCAUGCUUGACGGUCUCACUACUUUUGAAACUGCUGCCAACUUAGAAAGCUGGAGAGAAUGUGUGUGUGUCUGUGUGUGCGCGCGUGUGUGUGUGUGAUCACAAACUGUCAGCUAUUUUAUAUCUGAGACCAAAUAGAGGAUUCUUUGACUCCUCUCUAUUUAUAAUUGUUUAAUUUAGGUGUGUAACUGUACAGCAACAUGACACACAGGCACUUUUAGGGCAACUAUUUUACUGUUUCUGACAUUGUACCCCCUUAAGUUGUUUGAAGUCAAAAAGAUAAUUGUUUUUGAACUGAGCAUCUGUAAAACAUGUUGGCGCUUCUGAUAGCAUUGAUAAUUUUUAGCUCCUGGCUGUUCUUAUCAGCGUGACUCAUCUGCGAACAUAAAUCAACAAUAUAAUUGAUGUUACCAAAGUAAAUUUACCGUUACCGACUUUUUCAGUAUCCCAGAUUUUUAGAGUGUGUUUUUCUCCAACCAGAAAUCAAACAGUUAUACUUCAUCAGAAAGGCUUAACAGCUUUCUGAUUUCUUAAACGUUUGGUUAAAAUACCUUGAAAAUGUGUCUGUGUGUCAUGCCCCAAAAUGAAGUGUUUAUUUUUUAUUUUUUUGUUCUUUUUUCACUUGUUCUGGAGUACAAGAUCAAGAUAAUUAUGGUUCAGCUCAGCAGUAUAACUCAUUCACUCAAUGCCUUGCAACAGAACAUAUUGAAGGUGAAAUAAAAAAACGGAAAGUCAUCAGCAGAUAAAACAUGAGGGACCCAAUUUGCACUAAUUGCAUUAUUUUCUUUGCAAGAACACUAGUUUUACCAGGGCUUUGCUCGCUGUUGUUGGAAGGCUGCUCCUGUCUUAGAAACCCACCUGAACCUUCUUAAGACUGCUAAAUAUUACACUUUGAAACAUAACUUAAGCUUGAUUUAAACACGUGCCACUUAGUAAGCUGGAUUGCAUUCCCGUUGCUGGUC